AUGUUCACGCUUAACCUCGAUCUCCCACCGGUUCUUUCAGAAACCAUCAGGGCCGUGAAGAAACUCUCCAGUGGGGUAACACCCGGAUCACAUGCGAUCCCUGCUUACACUGGCAAAUAUAGUGACCACAAAAUUAGGAACCAACUCAACCCACUCUUUCACGGAAUUUGGUGCCAAAUACCAGUCCCCCGUGAUUUCAGGGACACCGCAAGUUUCCACCUCUUCAAGUGGAAAGGAAAUCAUCAACGCUUUGACAAUCAUCGACGAAUCUCGGCGCUGAAAAUCGCCGGCAAAAUCCUCGUCGUACUCUUCUAA